AAGAAAACAUUGGCCCCCCUUAUCCGCUCAGCGAUCGGCAGAUAAGGGGGCAAAUCCCUGCUAACCCUAUGCACGUGGCAUGUAAAUGCACACACACGGUCACAGCCUCAGCUUUUUUUUAUCAGACAGCCAGUUUGGUGUAGAGGUUAAGAGCAGCAGGACUCUAAUCAGGAGAACUGGGAUUCAUUCCCCACUCCACUUGAAGCCAGCUGGGUGACUUUGGGUCAGUCACAGCUUCUUGGAGCUCUCUCAGCCGCAUCCACCUCAUAGGAUGGAUAUUCAGCGGUCUCUUGAGCUCCUGCAUAUGACUGUCUACUCUCAGAGUGUCUCUCCUUGUGGCAAGUAUUUAGCUGCUGGGAACAAUUUUGGAGAGAUUGCCAUAUUCAGCCUCUCAGCAGCACUGAGUUCAGAGGCCAAGGAAGAGAGCAAGAAGCCGGUAAUAUCCUUUGCAGCCCACGAUGGUCCCAUCUAUGCCAUGGUCUCCACAGACCGGCAGCUACUGAGUGCUGGUAAUGGUGAAGUCAAGGCCUGGAACUGGAGCGAGAUUGUGAAGAAGGGUUGCAAAGAAGCCUGGUGCAGGAGGCCAACCUAUAAGAGCAGCCUGGAGGUGCCAGAAAUCAACAGCCUUCAACUGAACCUCAAGGAUAACAGUCUUUUAAUGGCUGGGGGAGACUGUGCUAUCCACAUGAUGGAUCUGGAGUCCGGAGCCUUUACUCGUGAAUAUCGGGGCCACACUGAUUACAUCCACUGCCUGGCUCUUCGGGAUCAGCUUCGAGAGUGCCUAUCAGGGAGUGAAGAUGGCACCGUGCGCCUUUGGGAUUUGCGUGCUGGAGGUCAAGUGCAAUGCAUUGAAGUGCAUAAAUAUGAGGAAUGCAGCCGGCCACAGUACGGGAAGUGGAUCAGUUGCUUGGCAACAGACUCUGACUGGAUGGUGUGUGGAGGGGGCCCAGCACUCACUCUGUGGCACCUUCGGUCUGUCACACCCACCACUGUCUUUCCCGUGCAGCAGUGUCAGCAGCAGGUCAUGUUCUACCAGGACCUGAUCCUCUCUGCUGGCCACAGCCCAACCGUCAACCACUUGCAGAUAAGCGGGGAAAUGAAGGCCCAGAUCCCCUGCAUACCCUGUUGCGUCCACUCGCUUUCCAUCAAUGAACACUCGCCAGAGCACAAGGUGCUCACAGCUGCUGGAAGCAGCCACCGGAUCGAUGUCUUCACCAACUUCGGUUACCGGGCCUUUUCCCUUACCUUCACCUAGUGCGCUCUCCUGUCCCUUCUCUCUCUCUCUUUUUAAUAAAUAAAUAUCUUUCUAAUCUGG